GCAACUUGCUUCUUGUCUUGUCUUCUCUCUUCUUUCUCUCUUCUUUCUCUCUUCUCUUCUCUCCUAUUGCAGCACUCACAAAAUCUAUUAACACAAGAUAGAAGAAGAUAAACUCAUAUAAAUCUUUUGGAUUUUGGAUUUGGAUCUGAUCAUAAAGUGUUGGUGACCUUCUGUAGCAGGUGGGGAAGUACAUCAUUUUCAUGGAUCGUUAUUCGAGGAGGAACUUAGAGGAUCUUGUUGUGCCUAACUAUCAAGAGACAUCAGAUUCAUACCCUUCUCCUGAUAUGUGGGGUACUACUACUGGAUGGAACAUGAACUCCUCUGCAGCUGUUGCUGAGAAAUGCUUUGAUUACGAUGUCAUUAACAAUGGUUUCAGUGGAGGAUUGUACAGUCAGAUGGAGAUGGGCGCGAGUGACCAAGUUGAAGAAGAAACAAAGAGGUUAAAGGCUAGUGGUUGUUUUGACCGUUCCCUUCAUGAUUUCGAUGAAAUCCAACAGAUGGAUGACAUGUUCUUUUCCAUUUUGGAGGAUGUUCCUGGGAAUGAGAAUUUUCAUUCUUUCAAGGAGUCUGAUAAUAGCAACACCACGACUUCCUCCUCUGCGUAUCUUGAAAAUACCGAUGGCAGAGAAGUCCCUAUGUUCCAUUACAACUGGGAAACUUGUCAAGACAUGCCACUUAUGGAGGAAGCUCCAAUGAAUCUGUGUGAAGAUAACAUGGAGGAGGCAUCUGCUGAAGAAGUGGUGUUGCAGGAUCUACAAAGGGCUACAGAAAAGUUGACUGAUGAUACCCGCAAGUGCUUCCGUGAUACCUUUUACCGGCUUGCAAAGAACUCACAACAGAAGUCAGACUCCAACUUGGAGGAGUUCCUUGAGGAUAGAACCAGUAGCAACACUGCUGAACUGGAAACAAACUCAAUGGACAGAGCCAUUGCCAACCUCACAUUCAACAAGAUGGAAUCCAACAUGAGAAAUAUGCCUCCACCAAAGAGACUUUCUUCUAUUCAAGGAUAAAGAGAGAGGAGUUUCGAAACAAAAACCUCAUCAUAUAAUCUUGGGAAAUAACUUAUGUGUAUAUAAUAUAUAUGUGUGUUUUGCUUGUCUUCCCAAGCUUCAGUUUUGAUCUGUUUCAAACACACACUCUACUCUGCUUCUGGAUUCCAAAUUUCUUGAUGCACUAUGUAUUAUUUACUGAGUGAACCCUCUGGCCCCUGAAAGUACAUUACCCCAUGUA